AUGGUUGGCGUUCCCGGGAGAUCCAAGAGUUGUGGUACCUGCAGGAUCCGUAAGAAAGGAGGCUGCGACGAAAAACGCCCAUCGUGUGGACAAUGCAUCAAGCUAGGACUGAAGUGCGAUGGAUAUGAGCGUCAACUCCGCUUCAUCAACUUCAGUGUGGAGCCUCGUAAAGCUGGUCGAAGUGAUAAGGGCUCGCCCCAAGUUACCUUACAGGUGCCUCUGGCGCGGGCUGCAUAUGCAGAGAAGUAUCUUGGUAUUUUCUGGAGUAGUUAUCUUCCCACAGAUAAACACUUCCCAGCACAAAUGAUGAUGUACGUCAGCGGCGGUUGGACAAAUUCGCUGCCCCAGCUUUAUCUUAACUCGCCAGAUAUUCAAAAAAUACUGCUUGCGAUUUGCCUAUCAACAGCAGGGCGAAUAAGCAACAACAGAUGGGAAAAAGAGGAAGGGCUUAGAUACUAUAUGGAGUCUCUCAGCGAGAUGUCUGCUGCGCUCGCUAAUCGGACGCGAGGAAAUAUCGUUACUUUAUGUGUCAUGUCCAGGCUAUAUAGCCUUUACGAGGUUUUCUUCGGGCAGGAUGACGAGGACAGAAUAGCCCAGGCUCGUAAUUGGCGACACCACGUUAAUGGUGAACUGGCUAUUCUGACCUCCCAACCGCCGGAAACUUACAUUUCGGGAUACUUGCACCAAUUUUUCGUCGACGGAAGACUUCAUCUUGUCAGCAUACUUUUUCUUCCCAUAAGCCUCCUUGAGCACGAAUAUGACACAACCUGUGCCGUUCAAGCCCGAAAGAGAAUUAUUUUAAGCAAUCCUGAAUGGAAAACUAUUCCUUGGAACGAGAUACCCAAAACACCAAAGGAUCUCUUGAUCGACAUUCUGGUCGAGAUACCAACGUUUCUCGAAAACAUGGAUACAAUGCGAGCGUGCCUGGAUCAGGAAAUACGGGAAUUCCAGCGGCGUGAUUUGCUUCAAAGUUGCUGGGAAUUAGAAAAAGAGCUUGUGUCCUGGCGCAUCGAGGUAGGCAUCACUGAUCCGACGUAUAGCCUCGAUGCCGAACAUUCAACAUUUUCGCUCGAUUAUCUAGCGGCGUGCCACAUCAUGUGUCUCUACUGGGCCAUAUGCAUCAUUCUAUACAGCUCUCUUCGGAUUCUGUCCUGUCCUCAGGUAAUCCUCCCGCCACAGACCGAUCCGAGGAUAUAUUGCGGCAGAAUCGCUAAAGCGAUGCCUCUGCUCUUACAUCCGCAAUCUGGAGCGUACGGAGUACAUUUGGCAAGCUUCCCUGUUGCCAUUUCCUUGAUGUACCUAAAUGCAGUGGCUGGGGAUGCAAUAUGCGAAGAAAAGCGCAUAAUCUUCGAGGCUUUUAGAAGGUCCGGUCAUGGGGAAACUGUUGAACGUUUCCUUCAGAGCCUGCGACGUCGGGGUGCCUGGUCCCCUUAG